AGGCACUGGUGUCGAAGCUCACCGAGAGAUUAUUACCAGAUAAUCAAUCGCUUAUCGAACGACGCUUAGAUGAUAUUUUCCCGGAUGAGCCUCGCGUCCCCGAUCACCCUCCUUAUGCCGAUAUGUUUACUUUUGGUUAUUCUGGGGGGUUACUUCUCAAAUUCAGGUAUGAAAGUUCAGCAUUUACAAGGAAAAUUUUGCAUUAAGUAUGUGGAACAGGUGUUCCGAAUAUAAUAAUGUUGGUAUUAAAUCUGGAAUGUAGUGUCUAUCGUUUUGAAAAUCAGACAGCAAAUGUCCAGAAGCUUGAAACUUUUUCGAAGGAGGGAAUGAGGGAUUGUUAUUUGAUGUGCUAAGCCCUCGAACUGAGAUUGAAGAGAUUUUGUGCUCAAAUUCUGAUCUUAUCUUGUGUAGAAAAUAACAUUAACCACUAAUAUAUUGGGGGAAUGCCUUUGGGAACUGUGACAUUAGGAGGAAGGAAUGGAAUUCGUGUUUACAAUGAUACUAACAGCACUUUGGGAGUUAAACACAGAAGGUGGUUCAAGUGAGGAAGCCAUUUCCAACUUCAUUAAGAAGGAAUACCAUGAAUUACCAUGGGCACAUGCUACAAUCCUAAAUCAUCACAUCAGAGAUCUUCACAUGAAGGGCAAAAUCGUCAUGACACAUGAUAGAACAUAUUUACGCUCUCUACCCAGCUCAUCUUCAACUUCAAGCUCCAUUUCAAGUCCUUCUUCUAGCUCCUCAUCAGAUAGUGAUUGGCCUAGCCCCACUUCAUCCAGCUCUAGCAUGGGUUUGGGCCUUCCUCACAGAAAACACAAAAAGAAAAAGAGGGAGAGAAAGAAGGGUAGAAGGGUUAAGAUUGUUCAGGUCAGGGGUAGGGGUAGGGGUAGGGGUAGAGGUAGGGGUAGGGGUAGGGGUAGAGGUAGGGGUAGGGGUAGGGGUAGGGGUAGGGGUAGAAAACCCAUGAUGAUUCAAGUAACUUCAGAUCAAAAUGAAGCUACAGAUAUGGAGGUUGAAGAAGAUGAUAGUGAUGGAAAAAAGAAGGGAGAAGUGGUAGGAUUGAGGCGAUCAGGAAGAAGGAGAAAUAGUGUUAGUGAGGAACAGAGGGUAGGGGUAAAAGAGGAAUAUCAACAACAGUCUGAUGAUGUCAUCAAUAGUGAUGGUGAUGAAGUAGAUGAGUAUGUUGAAUGUAUAAAACAUGAAGAAGAAAGAGUAGUGAGAAAUGUUGAACAUGAGGAGCAAGAAACAGAAGUCAAUCAACAACCGAUUCAUCUACAAGAACAGUGUGUUGAAGAGACUAAUAAAAAACUUGAAUCUUGUGGUCAAGAUUUGUUGAAAAAUGAGUCAACUGAAGAGCAACCUCAACAUGAAGAACAAGAAUCAGAAGCAAAUCAAGAACCAAUAAUUCCACAAGAACAAUGUGUUGAAAGGACUAAUGAGGAACAACAAACAGAAGUCAAUCAACAACCAAUUCAUCUACAAGAACAAUGUGUUGAAGAGACUAAUGAAAAACUUGAAUCUUUUGGUCAAGAUUGUCUGAAAAAUAAGUCAACCGAAGAGCAACCUCAACAUGAAGAACAAGAGUCAGAAGUAAAUCAAGAACCAAUGAUUCCACAAGAACAAUGUGUCGAAAGGACUAAUGAGGAACUUGAAUCUUGUUGUCAAGAUUUGUUGAAAAAUGAGUCAACCAAAGAGCAACCUCAACAUGAAGAACAAGAAACAGAAGUAAAUCAGAAAGAAAGUGGAGUAGUUGUGAUGGAAACCGAUGAACAAAUUGAUCCACAAAUAGAAGUUGAAGUUUUUGAAGAUGGAAAUCAAGAAGAACAACUAAACAAAGUGAAUGAGAAAGAAGAACAAGGUGAUGUAAAAAACGAAGAAACUGUAAUAACAUCUGAACUGCAACCCAAACGUAAAGAAUCUAAACCCAGAAAGCCAGUUCUUAAAGUCGUACUAGGUUUAAUGAAGGUUGAAAGAAGAUCCCAAGAUGACACUGUUGUAGGAAAAAGUCGACCACAAACACCAUUAAAAGAAGGUGUUGUAAGAAAAAGACAACGAAAAACACCAUCAAAAGAAGGUGUUAUAGGAAAAAGUCAACCACAAACACCAUUAAAAGAAGGUGUUGUAGGAAAAAGUCAACCACAAACACCAUUAAAAGAAGGUGUUGUAGGAAAAAGACAACGAAAAACACCAUUGAAGAAAGGUGUUGUAGGAAAAAGUCAACCAGAAAAACCAUUACAAGAAGAUGUUGUAGGAGAAAGUCAACCACAAACACCAUUAAAAGAAGGUGUUGUAAGAAAAAGUCAACCAAAUACACCAUUAAAAGAAGGUGUUGUAGGAAAAAGUCAACCACAAACACCAUUAAAGGAAGGUGUUGUAGGAAAAAUUCAACCAGAAAAGCCAUUACAAGAAGGUGUUGUAGGACAAAGUCAACCAGAAAAAUCAUUGCAAGAAGGUGUUGUGGGAAAAAGUCAACCAGAAAAGCCAUUACAAGAAGGUGUUGUAGGAAAAAGUCAACCAGAAAAAUUAUUCCAAGAGGGCGUUGUAGGAAAAAGUCAACCAGAAAAGCCAUUACAAGAAGGUGUUGUAGGAAAAAGUCAACCAGAAAAGCCAUUACAAGAAGGUGUUGUAGGAAAAAGUCAACCAGAAAAGCCAUUACAAGAAGGUGUUGUAGGAAAAAGUCAACCAGAAAAGCCAUUACAAGAAGGUGUUGUAAGAAAAAGUCAACCACAAAAACCAUUCCAAGAAGGCAUUGUAGUAAAAAGUCAACCGGAAAAGCCAUUACAAGGAGGUGUUGUAGGAAAAAGUCAACCAGAAAAACCAUUACAAGAAGGCAUUGUAGGAAGAAGUCAACCACAAACACCAUUAAAAGAAGGUGUUGUAGGAAAAAGUCAAUCACAAACACCAUCAAAAGAAGGCGUUGUAGGAAAAAGUCAACCACAAAAACCAUUACAAGAAGGUGUUGUAGAAAAGAGUCAACUACAAACAACAUUAAAAGAAGGCGUUGUAGGAACAAGUCAACCACAAAAACCAAUACAAGAAGGCGUUGUAGAAAAAAGUCAACCACAAAAACCAUUACAAGGUGUUGAGAAAACUGAGAAGAAGAGACCAGUGAGACAAGGAUUAAGGUCUAGCAUCAAGAAACAAGAGACAACUCCAAUUCCAAAGAAAAAAGAAGAACAAGUGGUUCCCGUUCGAAGAAGCUUGAGGUCUAAUAAUACAAUUGCAGAAGCAAUAAAUGAGGAACCCGAUUCUUCAAAAGAGCAACAAGAAGAUUCAGGACGAACAAGGUCCUCCAAGAGAAUAUCAAAAACUUCUGAAGCAGAACAAGUGUCAAACUCAAAGAAGACUAGAAGGAUCUGAUUUAUGAUUCCAAAAAAUGAGAAUGAUAUUAUUUCAUUCUUUGUUGCUGCUCCUCCUUGGAUUUUCAUCUUUUCGAAGGUGGCAGGUAUUGGAAUUUCUUAGGUAUGUUAUGAUUAUUUUGUUGUAUUCAUGUAUGUUUGUAAUUUGUGUAACGUUUGUUUAAUUAGAGCAUGGAAAGACUGAUCUAUAUCAGUAUGUAUGCAAUUGAUGAUGUUUGUAAAUUGUAUCUGUAAGAGAUAUUUGUUGUAAAAUAGGGGUUUUCCGAUGAAAUAUCAUUAAGAUUUAACAGCA